UAAAGGGAUGUUCCAGCAUAAAAUGUUAGUAUAGUAAGUUAGUAUAACUAGACAAGCAAGCAAUCAGCAACAUUCAUCUCUCGAGGGGGUGUCUAACUCGGUGUUACAGUGUGUUUGACACACUUGAAUUAAUUUUACGCUGGAAUAUCCAUUUAAAAUCCACUACAAUUAACACAAGCUUCAUAACAGUGAGGCUGACAAAAAUAAAUGAACCCAAGCCAAAGAGAAGAUUCUUUCACAACAAUCAUUUUAAGCAAUUUAGAGUAGGGCAGAUCUUAUUAGAAAAAGUUAACUGACAGGCGGUUUGAUGGAUGAUGUGCAUAAUUUGUGUGGUUGAGUGUGCCAGCUGCUGAAAUUUUUAGGAGUUAGUAAGGGUGCAUCAGACAGCAGCAGAAAAUUAACAUGUUUUGUUAGAUAUUUGACUAUAAACUUUGCAUAAAUGGUUAAACGAUUUACACAAUUUUGUAGAAAAUAACUUCAUAUUUAACAUCAAACACUGGUUUUCCUGUAAUCUGAAUUUGCUCAGGCCGACCUCUACUUCCAUCUACAGUCAGGAAACAUGAUCAGAAUUUCACCUACAUACUGUAAAUUUUUCAGUAUGUCUGUUUGGUGUGAGCAGGUUAAGGAUAUUUUGUAUCACGCCCUGUUCUUAUUACAUCUUAUGAGGUUUAUUUUACAAAAUUAGAUUAAUCAAUUUACAUUAUUACUCUCACUGAGUGAUGACAACUGAAAGUAGCUGAGUUGAAAGCUCUUUUUAAUGGUAAAUUGAGACUUAAAGGUACUGUGUUUUUUUUUCCAUGAAUAAAAUAGACUUAAAUAUUAAUAUUAAUGCCAAUUUAUAAUAUACAAAUCAAAAAAGACCAUAAAUGUUGAGACUGACUGUUUUUAUAUUAAUAUAUAUUUUAUAUAUAUAAUUUUUUAUGUCUCAAUCCAGUGACAGGGGUAGGUGUCAGCUGAGCAGCCCUGUUUUUAAAAUUUCACAUGAAAUACAAUAAUUGAUCAAUUGAAGUGUCAAAAGUCAGAAUAAGAAAACUUUUCCAACAGUGGCGCCAAACUUCGCAUUUCCAGGUAUCAUGAUUUCACUUUAUCUUAUUAGACUCUUCACUUUAUUUGAGAGGUUAGUUUACGUUAAACGCCUCGCAUUCAGUGACCUACAGACCUCAAACCAGUCUUUAAAGCACAACUUUAAACUUCCCUCUGUGCUGAAUAAGUUCCAAUAGACGCUUUUUAUCACCCUAUUAAAAACAAUGGCCUAAGUCAUUUUUUGACAAAAAUGAGUUGUUGGCCUAAAUCAUCUCUUGAUAAUGCCGGCCAUCUCAGGUAAAAUCGGCCAAAUCCUUCGUUGAAAGGAUCAUGCCAUUAUUGUAAAAGAGUGACGAUUUGUAUGUUUCAAUCAAUUACUGAGUUUAUGAACAUUACUGUGAGUUUUAUCUUCAGUUUGUCUAUUUGAAGGCUCAGACCCUAAACCAAGAGAAAUACUCCUUUCAGUGAAUAUUUCAAUUGUGCCAUUUCAUUAGCAUUUGAUCCAAUGAUUGAGGGUUUGUUUGUACUUCUGAUUGGUCUGGCCCUUGACAGUUGCACAAUGUGAGUAGUGUGAUAAAACCAUAGAGUGCCUGUAUAAAUAUGAUCUAAAUAUGAUAUGAUAUGAUCGAAUAUGAUCAAAAGUCAAAAGCAAUUCAGAUUAAUCUUGAUGUUUUUUUGUACUUUUCUGACAUGUACCUCAAAUCUGAACUGAGAAUCCAAGACUAUGCUCAGAUAUUUGAAGAACAAAAAGAAGAGGAAGAACUUUAUUGAUCCCUGAAGGGAAAUUCAGUAUUCUGUAUUUCCUUUCCUCUCAUCAGUUCAUGAAUUUUGACAGAUGGAAGAAACUUUUUUUUUUACCUGAAGGUAAAUUUUAGCUAUCCUCUCUUAAGCUUUGUGCACUCUUGAUCUUCUCUCUGCAUCUGCAUAAUUAAAAACACUGCUUGCUUUUAUGCAUUCACGAAGGCUGCCACACUUUGUAACUCCUAUCGUCUUAUUUCUUUAUAAACAUUUAUUUAUUCAUGACUUUGAAGCCUAAUACAGCCCUCUGCUGCAGUGUUCAAGUUUUGCAGCUUUUAAAAGUUUGUAGUUUCACAUUGAAAGAAUCGGCCCCGCAAACAGAUGUCACAGAGCACACCCACAACAAGAUGAAAAUAAACGAGAAACAAGAAGCUGCCCUCAAAGAAUGAUGCGAGCACUUAGCCCAAAGAAACAUUAAAUAUUAACAGAGAUAAAUUAGACACACCUUCAAUGAGCGAGGCGCAGCCUGCUCACUGACAACACAUUACACACCGAAGUUUCAAUGACUUCUACCACAUAUAACAGCCUGUUAGUCGGGGAUAAUGUGCCAGCUGGUGAUCAAUUGUCCUGUCGGAGACUGUGAUCCGCCCUGCGCUGCGCUCACACUGCAAUGUUCAGGAGGAGCCCCGAGUGAGCCAAGUGGAGCACAUCCAGGACGGCUGCGCCAUGCACAGGUAAGACACCAACAUCACCUCUGCAGGUUUACAAGUUUACACUGAGAUGCAUGAACUACACGAAUGCUCUGUCCUCCUUCUUUUCUGCUGCCAUUGAUGCUCAUUUGUUCAAAGUAAUUUCUGCACCACUUUUGGAUAAACUAACUAGUUUAGAUGGCACUGGUGCAGUCCUAAUGCUGUUAUAUUUGUCUUUCAAAGUCUGGGUGUCUGUAUUCACAGUCGGUUGAUCGGUUCUUUUUAAGAGUCUGAAACAUUUGUGUCACUGCAGCAGGUAAACGUGUCAAAUCUGACCUUGGCUCGUCGUUUCGCAGCAAUUUGAAACGUAAUAUCGCCGCGCGUAACACAAUACAAGUAAGACAGCGCCCCUUGUUUCAGGGCAGUCAAGCAAGGGGUGAGCAGGUGUGGAUGACUGUGGACGAAGACGGUGUUUGCAUGCCAAAAAUUUGACGCACUAAUGUCAAAGAGGUCCGGUCCAAAAGUGCAGCUCAAGUGCUGCACUCUUAUCAGUAAUGUCAUGUAUGCGCUCACUUCGAUCAGUCAUCUGCUCUUGUCCAAGUCUGAUAGUUAUAUUCUUUCUUUCUUUCUUUUUCUUUGUUGUCGUUGUAAUAUCACUGAAUUUACUGAGAAAGCUCAGGAACAUCAUUGCAUGUACAUGCAAAGAAGAGAUCAAGUAAGGCUUCCCUGUCACUGUUAGUCUGUGCGAUUGGCUGCAAAAUAAAGAGUAUGAGAAAGUGAAGUACGAGCAGUUACAUAUUCUAAGUUAAAAAAGGUUAGUUACACUUCACUUUUAGGCCAGUUACCUCAACAAAAGUGUGCCCCAUAGCUACCCUAAGGUGAACUAAGUAGGGGAGACCGGGAAAGGAUGUAACGCUUUUUCCUUUAACCCCCUUUACCAUAAGCUUUUUCUAACAUUUCAAUAAGUAGUAAUCUCAUUGUUUUCUUCAAAACGAGCAUGAUUGUUUUGAAGUUGUUCAAGUUACAAGAUCGGCGAAUCAGAGACAAGGCUGACUUGACUGACAGGCCAGCAAACUGUAGCCGUUUGUGGGAAGGAUAAAGACCCGCCUCUGGUAGGCUGAGUCAGCAUUUCCAAUAUUGCUACCACUGCUAAAAAGGCUUCAAAACUCUGGUUCAGAAGCAAAUGAGUGAUGUCACCAGAGCUAUAUGCAUUCAAUAUAUCAUCUAUGGUUGUGACAUAUACUGGGUUUACUAAAGAUGCAAUAACAGAUACCACAAAUCACUGAAAUAAUCAUGUGACUCUUAUAUUACCCCGUUUGUUGGAAAUGGUGAAGUUACAACUCUUCCUAUGUCACAACCAUCUCUGGUCUCCCCUAUUUGGGAUGGGUUUGAGAAUUAGAACAAGAACUUUAUUCAUCCCCAAAGGGAAUUUCAACUGUCUGUCGUCUCAUUUGACAUGUCUCUAAAAGUCAUCUACUAUUUACAGAAGAGUUGUAAAGUCUGAUGGCUGUUGGUACAAAAGAUCCUCUGAAUCUUUCUGAAUCUUUCUGUCCUGCAGCGAAGAGAGAGGAGCCGUCCACCACCAUUGGCCCUUUGGUCCAAUAAGGUCUUGUGAAGUGGGUGAUCCAUGUUCUUUAGAAUAGUCCAGCCUGAAUCCAACCACAGAGCCAGCCUUUUUCACCAGUUUGUUCCGACGUCUUGCAUCUUUGUGUUUGAUACUACCUCCUCAGCAGAAUGCAGCGUAGAACAGAACACUUACUUACACAGAACACUUACACUUACUCUGCAUAAGUGGUAGAUCAUUCUGAAAUAUAAAACCUGAAAUAUUAAAACAAAAGACAAACAAAAAAUGUCAGAUUCAGGAUAAUUCUGCAUGUUUAGGGGUGAUCAGUGAUAAGUGGCUUGGCAUUUUCAGCUAGAAUGUAGCUAGGUAGGCUAUAUGUUAUGUAUACUGUAUGUUUUAUGAGAACACCCUCUAGUGUUAUAGAGCUCCACAGCCCCCGACUAGACUUUUCUCACAGACACUCUUCAAUCAGAAUGGAUUCUGUAAAACAAUCUACAGCAGGGAAGAUUUCGGCUCACAGUUUGCUCCAUCUGUGCAUAGAUUCAACACAGAAUUAUAAACCAGGCUUAAGCUGCCCCAGAAGCACCACACAGAGGGUCUGUAGCGGCACAAUCCACCCACAGUUUUUAUCACAACGUCAGUUCUGGUUGUGACCUGUUCCAGAAACUUCUUUUUCAUCCUCUGAUUCGCUUCAGAGCAAACGUACCUCCACCUUAAGUCAUGCUUGUCUGCCUUUGCUGGAAGAACACCCCACAUAUGGACUUUAACCCCUUCAUAAACAGUGUCUCCUACAGUGGACAGAAAGUUGGUGGCCAGCAAGUAAUGAUGAAACCCUCAUAUUGUUUCAUCAUUACUUGCUCUGCAACCACAACUCUGCAUGAGCUGUUGUUGCUGUUGUUUUAAUGUUGAUUGUCCCUUGUGUCUCUCUCACCCUUGCUCUCGCUCUCUCUCUCUCUCUCUCUCUCUCUUUCUCUCUCUCUCUCUCUCUUUCUCUCUCUCUCUCUGUCUCCCUGUCUCUUUGUAUUUCUCCUCAACCCAGCAGCGGCUUGGUGGCUGUCUAGCAUGAGUCUGGUCCUUCCCAAGGUUUCUGCGUGUUUGAAGGAACUUUUUCCUUGCUACUGUCACUCAUGCUAGAUGAGAUGGGUCAAAUCUGUCCCAUCUCAAGGUUAGGUCUUGGUAAUUCAUCAAACAAUGAGUGUGGUCUAGACCUGCUCUUUUUCUUUGGAAAGCAGCUGGGGAUAAUGACUGUCGUGAAUUGGUGCUAUAUAAAUAAAAUUUGAUUGAAUUUGAUUGAUUGAUUUUUAUCUGCUCAAGUGAUGGUACCAUGUCUCAACUCUUCAAGCAUUUAUUCAUAACUGCACAUUUAUUCAUUGACUUAUUUAGCUUGUAUUUUGAGAGGACAGGACAGUGUGGAAGAGCAGAGAGAUAUGCAGGAAAAGCGUGAGGCAUAACCUCUGUAUAUGGGGCUUGUGUAUAGACCAGCUACGCCCUAACGCUCUUCAUUUAUCAGGUUAAUGGAAGUGAGGACCUAUUUGAGGGCAGGGAUGUGUGAGCAUAUUUGCAUUAGUUGGAAAAACAGGCACACAGACUGAGUAAGAUCCUUUUAAUCAACUUUUAGCAGGAAAGUUGAAGGUUUUGUUUACUCAAAAUGACUAAAUAUUGGAGCUCGUUUUACCACUGUCUUUACCUACUCUGCUCUUAAUGUGUCCCAUAUUUGUCUGUUUAUAUUCAGCAAUCAACAUCAAUCAAUCAGUUAAUAUUUAUGUAUACAGCACUUUUCAUACACAACCACGUAGCAUAAAGUGCUUUACACAGCAAAGGAAAAAAAAGAAAAGAAGCAAAGAAUAACCGGAUCCACCCCAACCCAAUCACUCAUUCCCACCCCACGAUCUGAAUGCAACAGAAACAUGUAUUAAAACGCAUUCACUUGAUUUUAUAAGAACAAGAAUGUACGCACUGAGGAAAUGCUAUUUUAGAAUUCAAGAUAAGGAAACACUGUAGGUUAGGUUAAAAUCUAAAUAAAACAAAGUACCAAAAAAUGACAUUUAAGAAAUAAAAAAUAAAAUGAAAUAAAAACAACAGUAAAAGAUACUAAAAUAUGAGCACCAAAAUAGCUUAAUAAAACAUGAUCCUGUCAUUAAAACUAGAAGAGAUAAAUGCUAAAACACUUAAACAGAGUUUAUGAUAUAAAUUUAGUUAAAAGCAAGACUAAAAAGGUACAUUUUGAGUUUGGUUUUAAAGUCAUUAAGUUUAGGUGCAGUCCUCAGGUCUUCAGGUAAGCUGUUCCAUAAACAGGAGCCAUAGUAAUAAAAAGAUGCCUCACCGUAAAUCUUGGUUUUAACUUUAGGUAUUGUUAACAGAGUACUGCCUGAAGACCUGAGGGCUCGACCUGGCUCAAAAGAUAAAAGCAGAUCCGAUAAAUAAGAUGGGCCAAAGCCAUUAAGAGCUUUAAAAAACAAUAAAACAACCUUAAAAUCUAUUCUGAAAGAGACAUGACUUUGUUAUCUUCAGACUGUAAAUAAAGCCUCCUCAGAAAGUGAUGCCGUUAUUUAACUACACCUCUGCAGGAUGUCACAGAAACCCAGAUGCAACUCGAUGCUCAACGGCCUCGACAUAAAGCACUUCAAUGUGAUCGGAUGACAUACAAGAAAGCAUGAGGUGUGCUAAUUUCAGUUUCUUUGUGUGCAAGCAGGAAAGCCUCUGAGAUUUUCACCAGAGACAUCUGAACAGCAUCUGCCGGCUGCUCCAUCAUGGCGUAUGGGCAGAUCUUUCGUCCGCACAGCCCUGAUGACUGCUGCAUCACUGUCAAUGUUGGCGGUUUCAGACAACGACUGGAGCAUGAGGUCCUGAAAAGAUUCCCACAGACACGUCUGGGUCGCCUUCUCUGCUGCAGCUCCAGAGAGGCCAUUCUGGAGCUCUGUGAUGACUUCAGUCCCUCUGAGAUGGAAUACUACUUUGACCGUAAUCCAAGUUUUUUCUGCUAUGUCCUCAACUUUUACCUUACGGGUAAAAUGCACCUGGUAGAUGGGCUGUGCAUUGUUUCAUUCUCUCAAGAGAUUGAGUACUGGGGCAUCAAAGAGCGCUACUUGGAUCUCUGCUGCACAAACAAGUUUCAUGAACUAAUGGAGCAGGUUGAGGACAAGAGCUGGGAUCAGAGGAGUGAUGAUCUGCAGCACCAGAGCUCAGAAUUGUCCAUAGAAGAUCUGUCGACUGUAGAAGAUGACUUGGAAAUGUUUGAGGGCUCCUGGUGUGCAGAUUACCGCAGAAAUAUUUGGAUCCGUCUUGAGAAUCCAGCAUACUCCACUUCAGCCAAAGUUUUAGCCGUAGCAUCCCUUAGUGUUGUCCUGGUCUCCAUUAUUGCCAUGUGCAUCCACAGCAUCCCAGACUCCAGUGAAACUGAUCCCAGUGAGAAGAAGGCUGAAAACCCAGUCCUGACUUUCUUUGAGACCCUCUGUGUGCUGUGCUUCUCUGCAGAGUUUCUUCUCCGUUUGGCUGUUGCACCAUCAGCAAGGAAGUUUUUGUGCAGCACUCUGAACAUCAUUGAUUUAUUGUCAAUCCUGCCUUUCUACGUCACUUUAGCCUGUGGUGUAAUGGACGAAGGUGAGAACACGGACCUGGAGAAUGUGGGCAAAGUGGUGCAGAUCUUGAGGCUGAUGCGAGUGUUUCGUAUCCUGAAACUUGCACGCCACUCAGCUGGUCUCCGCUCUCUUGGUGCCACGCUGCGACACAGCUCCAACGAAGUGGGACAGCUGGUUCUUUUUCUGUCUGUUGGUAUUUCCAUGUUUUCUGUUCUCAUUCACUUUGUGGAGAGAGAAUCUGAGGAGUCGGAGCUGCAGACCAUCCCCAUAGGCUGGUGGUGGGCCACCAUUAGUAUGACCACAGUGGGCUACGGAGACACUUUUCCUGUGACUCUGGCUGGGAAGCUGAUAGCAACUCUGUGCAUCAUCUGUGGGCUGUUGAUCGUGGCUCUGCCUAUCACCAACAUCUUCAACAAGUUCUCCAAGUUCUAUGAGAGGCAGAGACGCAUGGAUCUUAGACAGACCAUGAAAUGAAACCUCUGAGUAUACCAAAUAGUGCUAGUAUGUGGUGUGAAAACUUACCUAAAAAACUCCUCAGCUCAUGAGAGGCUGAAGAACAAGCACUGAGAGGUGCAGGAAUGGAAAGGCUGUAAAUUAUACUGUAUUAAUCACAACUUAAAGGGAUAUUCUGGCGAAAAAUUAAGUUAAGGGUCAAACACACCGUAACACUGAGUUAGACACCCCCUCGAGAGAUGAAUGUUGCCGACUGCCUGCUUUUCUAGUUAUAUAAACUUAAGCAACGACUACACAGUAGCAAUACACAGCAGUCUAUGGAUUCUAUUUUCGUGCCUCGGUGGCGGCGUGGUGCAGGCAUGGCGCAGGCAUGGCUUAAGUCAGGUCCACCGCACCAUCAAGGCAUACACAAGCACACUUUGGUAUUUUGGUGAGUGGCGCAGCCCAGCGUAAGUAUCCCCCCUCCCUAACUCAGCUCCUCCCAGCGGCGUAAGUAGCAGAGAGGGAGGAGAGAAGGCGUGGCGUGGGUUUAACACAGCUAAGACCUGUUUUCAUCAAUCACAUCAGCUCCUCU